UGGAAUCGAGGGUGGCCCUGUGUGCUUGGGAAUCACUUCCAAUCCUUUCAGACCCCUUGCACGUUUCUCAGCAAGUACCAGCUAACCUCCGGAACCUUCAAUAACAUGGCACCCAAGAAGAUUGAACCAAAGAAACCUGAGCCCAAAAAGCCAGAGCCCAAGAAAGAUGUAGCCCCAGCUAAGCCAGCUCCUGCUCCAGAGCCACAGCCCGAGCCUCCCAAGGAGCCUGACUUUGACCCCAAAAGCAUCACUCUCGAGUACACCUCUGACCAGAUUGAGGAGUUCAAGGAGGCCUUCACCUUGUUCGACCGCACACCCACCGGCGAGAUGAAGAUCACCUUCGCCCAGUGCGGGGAUGUGAUGCGAGCUCUGGGCCAGAACCCUACCAAUGCAGAUGUGCUGAAGGUGCUCGGGAAACCACGGCCGGAGGACAUGAGCACUAAAAUGGUGGACUUUGAGACCUUUUUGCCAAUGCUCCAACAUAUCUCCCGUGCAAAAGAUCAGGGCAAUUUUGAGGAUUUUGUGGAGGGGCUCAGGGUUUUUGACAAGGAAGGCAAUGGCACCAUCAUGGGAGCCGAGCUGCGUCAUGUGCUGGCGACACUGGGAGAAAGAAUGACAGAGGACGAAGUGGACAGACUGAUGGCUGGACAGGAGGAUGCCAAUGGGUGCAUCAACUAUGCCUCCUUUGUGAAGCACAUUCUCUCUGGGUAAAUGGGACAUUUAACCAGAAAAGACAAUUUUACCUCGAUGUUCUCCACUUUUCUGGAUCCUUGCUAAACAUUUGUCCUUGUAGAGGUGAGCAUGUGGCUUAUUUGGUGACAUUAUUUUUACACUAUCAAGCGCAGAAGUCAAUGCUCUAUGAAUAAAUGUUGACCGCAAGAUUAGUUCUUUUUAAUAAACCCUGAAUUACAAUGAAACAUCCGUGAGAUAAUAUGGACAUCCAUGAAGGAAAAUCCAUUUAAUAAAGGAAGUAUGAUAACAA